AUGUCCUCGGCAUGUAUUAUAUGUCAUAAAAGAAAGGUCAAAUGCGACUUCGCGACGCAGGACCCAUGCACCAACUGUAAAAAGUCCGAUGUGGAGUGCAGGCCAUAUACAAGGAAGCGCAAGAGGUUCACCAACAGUUUGUCGCCAGGACGGAAUGCUUCAAUCUCUGCAUUGGGUCAGACACCGCGGAGCUCACAGCCUGUCGACUCAGACCUAACGUCAAGGCGCAUAUCCUCCAGCAGGCCUGCUGAGAAUCUAAUUAACAAUGCAAAUCUACCUACCAAUGAGCCCUUUAUCAAGGAAGAGAGCUAUCGUGGUCGCAGCGAGUACUUAGGCGGCAGCGUCCCCUUUGAUGAAAAUAUGGUCAAACCCGGUCGCGAGACCACAUACACCAACCCCAAAGCCUCAACAACUGAUCUGCAAAUGCUCCGCGACCAAGGCGCAUUUGAGCUACCACCUCUAUCCGUUCAAAAUGAAUUGAUGGCGAGUUUUCACGCGCACUGUGCACCCUGGACACCAGUCGUCGACCCCAAAUGGCUGGACGAAAGCACGCCACCGUCAAUGCUGCUCCUUCAAGCGAUCUUCCUGGCAGGGAGUAGAGUAUCCAAAGCGCAUUUGGAUUACGGGUCUAGCGAGGUGUUUUAUCGACGCGCCAAACUGCUUUUCUUCUUUGGUGGAUGCGACCACCCUCUCAUCUCUAUCGUGGCUGCCUGUCUCUUGCAUUGGUAUAAUCCAGUUGGACCCGAGGAUGUGUCGACUGAUACCAGUGGGUUUUGGAUUCGAACGGCUGGUGCGAUGGCGUUUCAAAUCGGACUGCAUAAAGAGCCACCACCGAAUUCUCGCGAUCGGGGUCUUCGCCGGAGGCUCUGGUGGUCUUUAGUGGUGCGAGAUAAUAUCAUCUCUGUUGGUGUUGGCCGACCGCGAACUAUCAACCUUCGGGACAGCGACGUACUCCCUCCGUCCCUGAAUGAUUUCCCCGUGAAUAAUUUCAAGGCACAACUGUUCCUGGCUUACUGCGCCAUAUCUCGACUUCUGGGAGAUACAGUCGAAUCUCAUCUCCGGCAAGAGAUUUCUCGUCAAAGACAGGUUGAUCUUGAGAAUGCUGUCUACAGAUGGGCAAAGCAGGUAAUUCCAAAGCUGCAAUCAAGUGUCGCCGCCCAAGAAGAUGCAGAUGUUUGCAAUUUGGAAGUCCACCAACUACUAGUGAUGUAUUUCGUGGUGCUCACGAUUCUACAUCGCUCACCUACACCAAAUAGCGUACCGCCCGCGGCAUCGCUGGUCGCAUCUUCAUUUAUUGCUGGGAUAUACGAAGAAUUCCUCCUUCGCGACGAACUCCGAUACCUGGGCCCAGUCUUUGCUUUCUACCCUCUAUGCGCCGGACUCUCGCUGCUCUCCAGCUGUCGCUAUGCACACCUCCAGAGCACAGCGGAACACGAAUUAACAGUCAUGAAGCUCGCCCUCCAAAAGCUAUCCGAGCGGUGGCUUUCGGCAGUCGGUCCCUUGCGCGCACUGAACAAGCUAUCUGAAAAAGUCCGAGAGCUAGGUCCAUUCGAUGGUCCGUCACCUACUGUGGACUCAGAUGCGGCCUCCUUUUUCGAAGGCUUCGACACGAAAUUGUGCAAGCAAUGGCGGCUCAUAGGUCAAUCAUCGGAACCGGCAAAUGGGAACGUGGGCAUUGAGCCAACGUGCUCUUUGGCGGAAAUCCAAGAUCCUAAUGAUACUCUUCGGUCUCUUGAUGAUCAGCCCGGGCAGGAUAAUUAUGACCUCGCCGCUCUUGAUGUUAGCUUAGACCCCUUCAGCAAUAAUUGGGAAGGGGCUGGAUUUGAUUGGAGUGGCACUUGGUUACUCAAUGUUUGA